UAUUGCUUUAAUUAGGUCGAUAAUAAAGAGAUUGUAUGUUCCGCGAAAUGUCAUGUGCCAUAGUGUUAUCGGUUAUUCUUUUCGACAUCUUGUCACGUGAAACCUAACAAAUAAACAUGAAAAAAUAAUUUACAAGAAUUGCGAUUAGCGACGAAAUCGUAGGCAUGUUUUCAAUCUUUCUGCGAAAGUCGUAUUCACACGUUCCUUUAAUUCUGAAUGGAUUUAAUUUCCACUUUUUUGAGGUGAUGUUAAGGGGACCAAAGAAACGUCGCAAAGUCUUGGUUUUUACUGCCAGAGGCUGAACGAUUUCAUUAGAAAAGCGAGAUAAAGCCAAAGUAAAUAAUGAAUGCUGUCAUAGCACUUUGUACAUUUUGUGAAAUGCAUGGUCCAAAAGUCAUAUUUACUACCCAAACUUAUAGAAGUUUUGAUAAUAAAGAUACCGAAAAGUUAAAGUUCUACGGUCCCAAAGAAGUUUUACGACAACCGCAAGGCUUACAAACUGAAUUACAGGAGAACUGCGAAGGUUGCCAUAGUUUAGGAAAUCUGAAAUACUUGAGUAACGAACACGAGACGAGAACCUCUUUCCUUUCCGCGCAGCAGCCUCUCAUGCAAGAUAUCAAAACACUUCUCAAACAUGCUUGUAUAAGGAGCUUAAGUUGCGAAGUACAUCCUGGAAAGGAAGGAGUUUGUUAUUUUGGCGAUGAAUCAAGAGGUCAUGUUCUAAGUCAUACAUUCUCUUUAAAAGAUGCACAAGCUAGAGGAUUGCGAAGGUGGUGUAGUUUUAUAGUCUUUAUGAGGGAUAAACAGUUUUUAUUAAAUAUGUGGCCAUUUCUUGUAGAUAAUUUAAAAGAGAUAAUUAGAGAAUUACAAGAAUUUGCGGAAAAGAAAUAUAACGAGGAAGAGGCUAAAUGCCCACAGCGGGUCGUGCGUUUGACUACGGUUAAUUGUGGGCCCGGCUCUAAGCCCACUACCAAUAAACAAUCGCGAACUAUCAAUGAAAUUACAAAUGAGAAGCAUGUGUUUGUAAGAAUUCAUAUGUGGUUUGUUUGGAUACUGAGUGCUGGAGCAAGACAUUUUGUAGAAAUACUGCCUAUGGGCUUAUUAGAUACGGACAUUAAUUUUGAUUUAGACGAUCCACUUGAAACCGAAGAAGGCUUUACUUUAAUUAAUGCCAAAUCUCCUGUUAACUUAAGAGUGAAUACUCAAAUACAAGAUUUCAAUGAAAUUUCCGAAUUGAAUCCCAUUUCAAUUCUCAGAAAUUUAAGAAAUGCACUUGGCGCAGAUCAAUUUCGACAAAUAUUAUAUGCAGCUCUAAUAGGGAUACAAAUUCUUGUGAGAGGUCCGCCAGUGGAAGGUCUAGAAUCUUUGUACGGUUUAUGUUCGCUUGUACCAAGAGCUUGUCAAAGAGUAAAAACCCAUGCACAAGAAUAUCUGGACUCAAAUAUAUGUAAUUUCAUUAGUGUAGAUACAUCAAUUGCGGUGCCUUUGCCUUGCGCAAAAGUCUGUAGGCUUGACAUUUUACCUAUCGAGCACAGAGCGGAAAACACAAGGUCUCAUGUAAUUAGAUGGGCAGGUAUAUUGCCACUGAAACUCCCGACUCUUUUAAUUAAAUUAGAGAAAUCCUUAGAAAAUGAAAAAUUAAUCGAUUCCGUGCUAAAAGUGCAUUUUUCUACGCUACAAGAAGAAUGGGCUAAUAUUGCUAAGGUUGUUCAUGCUAUGCAUGGUCGAGGUCACCGUGGUGAUUUAACAAAUUUAAUGAUAAGCUUAGGAGCUGGUCCCCAAGACAAGAAACUGUUAGAUGCUUGGUCUAUGGGUUUACCGUCGAAUCCUGCAUAAUAUUAUUAGUAAUAUUAUUUGUUUCUCGUGUUAUUAGCACUAUUUAUUGGUAA